GUAGGCUAGGGUUCUGAAAAGUCAGAAGUUGAAAGCGGAAGUGGGUCAAGCUCUGCAGUAGGAUAACCUUAUAAUUGGAAGGCGCAAGGAAGAACGCUAAUUGGGCGGGGGUGCGUCCUUGGAUCAGUGCUCCUAGCGACAUCUUUAGCAAGGGACGCCGCUUGCAGGGUUCUUAAAGCCAGCCCAAACCAUGGCUGACCACGGAUUUGAUGGAUACGACGACCCGGCCCCGGCGCAGGGCUAUGACCAGCCCCCAGAGUAUGAAGCACAGAACGAGGACCACUUCAAUGAGCCUCUUGACCAUGCAGAGAAUGAUUUUGGGGCAGCCCCGCAUCACAGCAAUGGACCCAUCAUGGAUGACGCGUUUGAGCCUAUGGCUAACGGCAACCCUCUACCUCCACCUGAGGAUCUCCCCCCAGAGGAGUCCAUGGUGCUUCGGGAGUGGCGCCGUAAGCGAGCUGCAGAGCUCGAAGAGAAGACCAGAACCUCACAGGAGAAGCAUGCGCAGAUUCUGGAUCAUGCUGCUGAAGACAGAGAGCGUUUCUAUGACCAGCGCGAGAAGCAGGUGGCCACUUCAAAGACCACCAACAAGGAAAAGGAGAAGGUGCUUCUUGCCAACCUGGACUCGCUGAUGGCCAAGGCUGGGGAGAACUACUGGGAGGCAGUCACGGGUUUCAUCAACUUUGACACCCAGCAGGACAAGAAGGGCGCAGGCAAGGGGAAGAGCGCCACUCCUCGCCAGUCCAUCGUCCCGGAGGUGAAGGCAGGGCGUCAGACUGAUCUGGCACGCUUUCGUCAGAUCCUCCUCAAGUUGAAGCACACGCCCCCCAUCCGUCACUCGGUUGCUGCAGCUUGAUCAGCAAGCGGCGAUGGAAGCUUCCACCACUGUAUUGAGGAAAAGGGAUUCGAAGACAUUGUAUGGUUUCCUUGCGGUAGCACGUUAGCCGUGACGUCUCCCCUCGUUGGAGCAGGAGAAUGACCCCCAAUUGUUGCACACCUCUUUUGAACCCUCCCCUUUGCAGGCUUCGAAGUGCAUUCUAAAUGUGAAUGUUUGUGCACAUGCCUAACCUGAUAUCCAACCCUGCGGUGUCAAACCUGCAAGUACGAUGUACAAGCUUCGUGACAGGGCUCAGCUAUACUCC